AUGCUUCAACUCCCCGCUGCUCAGCACUAUCACCACAUUCAGCUGCAGGCCAUUGGCACAACAUCCCCGCCACAAACCAUGACCUGGCUAUCGGGCUCCGUCACAGUGACAGGGCUAUUUCUUUUAGCACACGCAUGCUACUCUGCGCAGGAGCAUACGACUCUGUCUACCGCGCUUGCGAAGCACGCCUUGACACACCAGCAGACAAGUAUCUAUUUACCGAUUGAUAUAUCCAUCGAGGCAAUCAUAUCGACGUUAAUUGUAUGCUUUGGACUUGUCUCGGGCUCCCAGACACUGCGUCCGAUACAGUGGAAUGUAUGGGCAGGGAAGAUUGAACGAGAAGGCGAUGCUGGUUUUCUGAAUGGAUCUGGCGAGGUCGAGAAAGAUUUUCGCGGAAGUCCAUUCAUAUUUCUUGACAGUCGGCCAGGCUUCGUGGAUAUUCGCAAGAGACGCCGCCAAUUUAUGGGCUGGGUCAAGGCUGAGGCAAAUUAG